AUGACAACUGAGAAAAUCACCUUUUGCUUCAACUGGCAAACUGCCCCAUAUCAUAUCCCUGUGUACCUUGCACAAACCAAGGGCUACUUUAAAGAUGUGGGCCUUGAUAUUGCGCUUUUGGAACCAACUAAUCCGAGUGAUGUUACUGAGUUGAUCGGCUCUGGUAAAUGUGACAUGGGUUUGAAGGCCAUGGUCCAUACAUUGGCUGCUAAAGCCCGUGGUUUUCCUGUCACUUCCGUUGGAUCCCUUUUGGAUGAGCCUUUCACUGGCGUCUUGUAUUUAGAAGGAUCAGGAAUCACUACCGAUUUCCGAUCAUUAAAAGGUAAGCGGAUUGGAUACGUGGGUGAAUUUGGCAAAAUCCAGAUUGACGAGUUGACCAAACAUUAUGGGAUGACUCCAGACGAUUACACUGCGGUGAGAUGCGGCAUGAAUGUUUCCAAAUGUAUCAUCGAAGGCUCAAUUGAUGCUGGUAUUGGUAUCGAGUGUGUGCAGCAGGUUGAGUUGGAAGAAUGGUGCCGCUCUCAAGGACGUCCUGCAACUGACGCGAAGAUGUUGAGAAUUGACAAGCUCGCAGAGUUGGGCUGUUGCUGCUUCUGCACGAUUUUGUACAUCUGCAAUGACAACUUUUUGGAGAAAAACCCAGAAAAGGUCAGAAAGUUCAUGAGCGCCAUUAAAAAAGCUACCGAUUUUGUGCUUCAAAACCCCGCUGAAGCCUGGGCGGAAUAUACUAAUUUUAAGCCAGCAAUGGGUACAAACUUGGCCAGAAAAAUGUUCGAGCGUUGCUACGCUUACUUGUCAGAAUCUUUAUAUAACGUCCAUCGUGACUGGCGCAAGGUGACUGCCUACGGUAAGCGAUUAGAAAUCUUACCCGAGGACUAUGAAUCCAACUACACCAACAAGUACUUGUCCUGGGAUGAACCUCAAGAAGCCAAAGACCCUUUGGAGGCCCAGAAAUUGAUGGCUGCACACCAGGAUAUCUGCAGGGCCUCUGGUGGUUACCGUCGUUUGGUGUUGUAA